AUGGGCUGCAUCGGCUCCAAAACCACCAUCGGUGGCCGUCAGGAAACAGCCGCCAAGCCGGGGACGGGUGCCCUGUCCCCAGUGCCAGGCUGGGGCCGUGCGUUACCGCUGACACAGGCGGAAGAGUUGCCCGGGCGUGAGUCACCCGUGCCGCAGCCUGGCUGCUUCGGAGCGUCCCUGCAACGAGUUGUGUCUGGUCUCAGACCAGGCAAGAAGCUGCUACCCUGGGUGGCCGUGGACACGACGCUGUGUGUGGAGUGGAAGGAGGUGAAAGCGCUGUCGCCGCUGAGUGCUGCUCGCUCGCUGCCCCACCUGGCACGCCAGGCCUCUUUCGACAGCCAGGACUUCCUCCAGGUCAAUGUUGAGGACACUGUCGAGAUGCUGCCCAAGUCACGGCGCGCGCUGACCAUCCAGGAGAUCGCCGCCCUGGCCCGCUCCUCGCUGCACGGCAUCUCGCAGGUGGUGAAGGAGCACGUGACAAAGCCGACAGCCAUGGCGCAGGGCCGCGUCGCCCACCUCAUUGAGUGGAAGGGCUGGUGCAAGCCGGUGGAGCCGCCCACCGCCCUGGAGAGCGCCUUCAGCUCCUACUGCCACCUGAGUGAGGGCGAGCAGGAGGCACGCUUCGCUGCCGGUGUGGCGGAACAGUUUGCCAUCGCUGAGGCCAAGCUGCGAGCCUGGUCCUCAGUGGACGGAGAUGACUCCAACGACGAGUCCUAUGAUGAGGACUUCAUACCCUCCACAGAGAGCUCCCAGCCCACCGAUCUGCCCGGUACGGUGCCCACCAGCACGCUGCUGCGAGACCUGCUGCAGGGUCACCUGUGCCAGCUGGGUGUGCGGCACGGCUCCUGCGAGCCUGAGAGCGACUCCUCGCAUACCCUCUCCCCCGAGACCCUCUGCUCCAGCCUCUGCAGCCUGGAGAUGGUGUCCCCCUCCGAACUCACUGCCAAACUGCUGGGCUCCCUGGGGGGUGAGGACCUGCUGCUGCCCAAGCUGCCCCCCCCGGCCAGCCAAAGUGCCUUGCGGGGCCUGGCACGGCUCCGGUGCCAGGACUCCCUCUACUCUGUGUCCUACGCCGAAGCCUGCCUCUCGCCCGCUGAGGAUGAGGUGGUGCUGACAAAGGACUUCCCGCUCCGCCGGAAAGUCUCCGAUGUCGCCUCCUCGGGGGUGGCAUCACUGGAGGAGGAGGAGGAGGCCGAAGAGCCCUGA